AUGCAGGAUGAAGAUGCAGCUAGCCCAGAGAUGUCACCUGUGGCAAGCACAUCCGCAGCAGACUACCCCAUCGAGCCAGAGUUCAGCAAAAGGUUCCGGCCAGCAAAGGCGCGCACAAUCAUGAGCCAAGUCUUACGGUCAAAGUUGACAGGGGUGCAGUACCACGCGGACAAUACGUCGGGCUGGACCACUGAAAUUGCAGACGAAAUCAAGACGAAGCUGAAAGGUCUUGGCCUGGAACGAUACAAGUUCGUUGUUCAGGUCGUGAUUGGCGAACAAAGGGGAGAAGGCGUCAGAAUGGGCUGUCGCUGCUUCUGGGAUACAAACACGGACAACUAUGCUGAAGAGACCUUCCUCAGCGAGACCAUCUUUUGCGUCGCUACAGCAUUUGGGGUAUACUUAUACUGA